AUGAACAAACGAAAGGCUGAGAAAAGAAAAUCAUCCUCUCCGAGCAAUGGGAGUCAUCUUUCUCAAAAUCAUCAACAACAAGAACAACAAGACUUGUACUCGAUUAAGCGUGAUGAAAGUCACCUAUUAUUAGGUGGCGGUGGUACACAAGCCGAUGAAGGAGCCAUUGAGGAGCGCCUUGAAAAGAGAUAUCCAAAGAGAGAGAGAAAACCAAAAUUUAAGAAUGUUGAGGAUGCUGUGAUGAUUGAGGCUGUUUCCGAUAAGGAAACUCAUGAAGAUGAUGAAGUGAAUGAUGUACCAUAUCUGGAUGAAGGCACCGAUCAGAGCAAUAGUAGUGAUGACAGUGUGUUUGAAAUGCUGGAAGAGGAGGCUUCUCCAAUAGCAAAAGAUCAAACCGACGAGCGUAUAGUGUUCAAUGACAAAGACUUGUCAUUCAACACCGCCAAAUCAAAGGACAAGUCAAAAAGAUUUAAUAUUCCAAAACAUGCUCGCGAUAUCUUGAUGGAGUGGCUUGAAAAGCAUUUCGACCAUCCAUACCCAUCUGAAGAGGAAAAGGAAGAGCUUUGUAAAACCACUAAAUUAACAAUGAACCAAAUCAACACAUGGUUUGUCAACUCGAGAAUACGAAUUUGGAAACCUAAAGUUGAACCUGGCCAAAAAGAAAGAAUCAAGGAAGAAAAAGCAUCGUCCUCUUCAUCCCAAACGCCAAAAUCCUGCAAAGAUAAUACAUCAAACAAUUCUGGAGAGGUAAAACUUCUUCCAAAGAUCAGAAUCAAUCCUAACAAUGCAAACGUGACCAGAACAAAUAUUGUUGGCUCUCUACCGAACGGUCUUCCAACACCAUCAACUGUCAUCGGUAGAGGUAAUCUUCCCAAGUCGUCAGUUGACUGUUUGCAGAAAUGGUUGUUUGAUAAUUUUAAUCAUCCUUAUCCAUCAGAUGCUGAAAAAGAUGCCCUUGCAACCGAGACUUCACUAACUCUCACACAGGUCAAUAAUUGGUUCAUUAACGCAAGAAGAAGAAUAUGGAAGCCACUCUUACAAAAACUUAAAGCAAAAGGAUUGGACAAAGAUGAGUUAAUUGCUAAAGGUAAAUUGCAUGAGAUGGCAGCCAAGUUUUUGAAAUCAAGCAAAGUUCCUCAUGAAAUAGAGUCUGGAACGGAUCACAUGACACCCUCCUCUAAAAAGAGAGGGGUGAAAACGACAAAGACGGAGCAUUCUGAGGAAGCAAAUGACAAUCUCGAAAAUGUGCCCUCCACACCAAACAAAAAAAGAAAUACAUCACAAGGUAUGAACAACAACAACAACAACGAUGGUGAAACACUACCUGAAAAGUUCAGGGUGGAAAAUUUCACAAAACACACCUGUAGAGAGAUGGUUCUUCAAAAUCUUGAAUUAUAUCAAGAAAAUCGUACCUUGCAACAUCAAUUAUGCAUCGAACAACAACAAGUUCUAAAUUCUUAUGAGGAAAUUUCAUCUAGAAAUGAUGCCUUAAUUGCAGCCAUGUACAGAUUGGAACAACGACAAGAGGAAAUUCGUCGUAACAACGAGCGGCUAAGGCUUCUCAUUGAAAAGGCCAAACAAGAAAAGUUGCAAGAUCAACGAAAGAACAGAGAUUAUUUUCUGAUUGAAGAUCUCUGUAGCUCAUUAUAA